CUUUACUUAACAUUUAUCUAAUCACUUAGAUGGCCUUGCGCACCGUCUUCCUAGCUUUCGAGUUCAGUCGGGUCCGUACGCACUUCGUCAAAUUAAUCAUCUAUCGUUUCACCAUCUCGUUGUUGAACAACAAGGCUUGAGCAAAUGGAGUUCGAAUGGGUGCUCCAUGAGGAAGUGCACUCCUCAUUGUCGCAGCUCCGAAAUAUCUUGAUGGAGUGCGCUCAACGAUUUCCACUGGCGCUCUUUGGUAACGAUCAGCAUAACAAAACUGAUAGAUUUGUCUUUGCAGCCCCGCAUGAUCAAGUCAAGUGUGUCGCUGUUUUGACAGGCGAUAGUAUCACAAAUGCGGAAGUGAAUUUUAAAGUACAACGACAGCAGAAUAUUAAUAUGAGGACAAGUAUUCAGAAUGAACAUCCAUGGAAGUUACAACAAAUUCAAGAUGCCGCUAAUCAUUUACAGCAAGGCAUUGCCCAUAUAGAUAAUGUAGACAGACAUUACCUUUUUAAAACCUCGGACGAAGUCAUGCAUGUGUUAGGUAAUAUCUUGGGUUGUCUUCAAAGGAGCAGAACCAGUUUAAUUGUUCCUAGAAAGAAAACAAUUGAUGAUCUUAUCAAGAGUCGAAAUAUGAAAUCUCUUAAUCCAAACCUUCCAGAGAAUUUGGCCAUUAGUUUUUACAUUCAAAGUUACAAACUGGUUUUAGCUAUUUAUCAGUUAGAGAAUGCACAUGGCAGCGUCAAGUAUGAAACCCAGCAGGCAGAAUGCAGUGUGCCAUGGCUAAAUGACGCUCUUGUAUUGCUUACUAUUGCCCUACAACUUUGUCAACGACUGAAAGAUAAGAUAUGUGUCUUCUCCCAAUACAAAGAUUUUACGGUAGGUUCUCGCGUUCCUUCCGCGAUGGGAUGGUAACCUAAUCUAACACCAAGAGAAUUUUCAUAUAUGAACUUGGUAUAGCAUAUAGUUGUGCUAUAUGUAAGUGAAAAAAAUUGGCCUCAACCAGUAAUACUUGCUCUGGCCUUUGUUUUACAUCUGUUGAUUGUUGUCCUUUUAUCGUAUUUCUCACUACACUAGAAUGUUGUUCUAGCGUUUUUAAAUCAGUAUAGAGUGUGCCUAGUAUAAUAAUAAUAAUAAUAAUAAUAAUAAUAAUAAUAAUAAUAAUAAUAAUAUAUACAGUGUAUUAUGUAAUUGUAAUAUAUUAACUAUUGAAAUGUUGGAUCAAAGAUUCACAUGGAAGUGUGAAUCAGUAAUGGAUAAUAACAAAUCAUUAUAAGUCAGAAAUGGAAGACUAAAAGCAUUUUGCCAAUUAUUGGUGUGCCUAUCACCAUGUUAUACUGUGUUUUUCCCAUUUCUGCAGUAGUUUUCAUGAAUGUUUAAGUCUUUAACUUUAGCAUAUAACAUCUGAAGUUGUUAUUUCGUCUACAAGAGUUGAUAGAAUGAAAUAUUUAAUACAUCUACUGUGAUUUUAGAAAUGUAUGCUAUAAUCCUCUCCUUACUGAAUUAGAUCAUGCUUUCAUAUAUUAACAGGUCAUAUGUUAGAUAUGAAGUUUAUGUUUUCUUUUUAUUGUUUGUUGCUUGUGCAUAAUCAUCCAUACAGAAUUCUUUCCAAUUGUUUUAAUAUCAGAGUUGUUAGGUUGUCUAUAAAAUAAUGUCAUUUUAUAUUUUAAUCUUUUACAUUUUAUCUAUAACUAAUCUGUAAUUAAUUUUAUUAAUACUUGAUAGAACUAAUUGAAAUAAGAGACAGAUGACUCUAUGCAUUUUUUAAUUUAUAUCGGUGUGAUCAAAACCUUGUCAUGCAAGAACACUAUAUUUUUUCUAAAUUGAUCAAUGCCAAUCUUUUAAUGUCCUGUUCACUCUUGAGCCAAUUUCUCAUAAUAUUUAUUGAUUGUUUCAUUAUUUUGAAAAGUGGAUAGUAGCCAUUGUCUAUCAACCAGUUCAACUACUAUUUAUAUCAAGAACAUUUCUACGAAAAAAAUAAAAAUUUUAAGUUAAAAAGAAAA